AUGAAUCUACAUACUUUCUUACUCCUUUUCAUAUACUUUCCUGCUUUAAUCGUGGGUGAAGCCUACGUUGGCUUCCCAUUCAAUGAACAAUUACCAAAUGUUGCUAGAGUUAAUGAGGAUUAUUCUUUUACUUUAGCCAAUACUACUUAUAAAUCGAACUCUAAUGGUGAAAUAUCUUAUGAAGCUUCCAACUUACCAAGUUGGCUUCAGUUCGAUUCUAAUUCAAGAACUUUUUCUGGUAAACCUUCUUCAAGUAAUGAAGGUACUUUUCAAAUCACUUUAACUGGUAAAGAUUCCUCGGAUGGUUCAUCCAUUUCAAAUGAUUAUAGCAUGAUUGUUAGUUCUGAUCAUGGAAUCCAUUUGAAAUCUGAUGAUGUGAUGUUUACUCAAAUUGCCAAAUAUGGUGAUACAAAUGGUAAUGACGGACUUGUUGUUAGUCCAGGUCAAAAUUUUAAUAUUAAAUUUGAAAAAUCAGUUUUCCAACUGUAUUCAGACUCUUCUCGUGAUAUUGUUGGUUAUUAUGGUCGUUCAGAAGAUAGAAGUUCUUUACCUAGUUGGAUUUCUUUCGACAGCGAUACUCUUACUUUUAAAGGUACAGUUCCUUCAGUUACUUCUAAAAUCGCCCCAUCAAUAAUCUACGGUUUUAGUUUUAUCGCUACCGAUUAUUUGAAUUAUGCUGGUGCUGAAGGUAUUUUUAAAUUAGUGGUUGGGGCCCAUCAAUUGAGUACUUCCCUUAAUGAAACAAUUAAAGUCAAUGGUACUUUAGGGGACUUUUUCGAUAUAGAUGUCCCAGUUCUUUCUCAUGUUUACCUCGAUAAUAGUACCAUUAAUCGUGAUAAUAUUUCGGAAGUUUAUGGUAAUGACUUGCCUGAUUACAUCUCUUUAAAUCAAGAUAAUUUCACUUUAACCGGUAAUUUCCCCAACUCAUCAACUUUUGAUAACUUCACCAUCGUGGUUGAAGAUGUUUUUGGUAACACCGUUGACUUACCUUAUCUGUUUGAUGCAAUUGGUUCGGUAUUCACUUUGGAUGACUUACCUGAUGUAAAUGCUACCAAAGGUGAAUUUUUCAAUUAUCAAUUCCUUGAAUCGUGGUUUACUGACUAUAAUUCUACAAAAAUUUCUGUCAGCUAUGAUGACGCUGAUUGGUUGAAUUAUCAUCUGUCCAAUCAUACUCUUAGCGGUCAAACACCAAAGAACUUUGACGAUUUGAAAGUUAAUGUCAAGGCAAGCUCGAGCUACGAUUCAGAAACUAAACUGUUCAAUAUCGAUGGUAUAAGCAAAAAAAAUAAAUCAAGCUCCUCUUCAUCUACAUCUUCCACCUCAUCUGCUUCUUCCACAUCGUCUGCUUCAUCAUCUCCGGUUGUUUCUGCAAAUAAAAAUAAAAGUAAUAAUGAUUUGCGCAAGAAACUAGCCAUCGGACUUGGUGUUGGCGUCCCAUGUCUUCUUUUAUUAAUUGCAGCUUUUAUUUUCUGCUGCUGCUGUGCAAGAAGAAGAAAACAAAGAAAGGAGCAAGAAGAAGAAGCUGCAGCGGGUGCAGCUGGUAAUUCUAGCGAAGAUACUACUGCUAAUUCUGACUUUGGUAGUCCUGAAUUAUCUGGUCCUGGUUUCGGAGUUACUUAUGAUAAAAAUGAUCAAGAUGAGAACGCUGAACGUUUGGCAUCUCUAAACGUCUUGAAGCUUGACGAUAAAAAGAAAAAUAAAGAUAUCGAUGAUGCUCAUAGUACUUCUUCAUCUUUGACACACGUUGAUGAAGAUGACCAAAAGUCGACUUAUUUUGAUACGUCUGAUAAACCGAUUAAAUCUUGGAGAGCCAACGAUCAUUCUGAUGCAGCAAUCGGUGCAUUGGCUGCGAAGAACUUGAGAGCCUCAACUGCUUCAUUAAGUACUGUCAACACAGAACAAUUAUUCUCAGUUAGACUUGUGGAAGAUAACUACAGUAUAAGGGAUUCAAAUGCUUCAUCCGCAUUCAUGAGUAAUAAUUCAUUGAAUGCGUUAUUGAGAAGGGAACAAUCACUGGGGAAUUUUCAAAGAUUGGAUAGCGAGGGUAAUAUUGUCAGUUUUAAUCAUACCAAUAAUAGUUCACCAGUAAAAUCAAGACUUUCACGUUCUCCAUCAUCUAACUUAAAUAGUGUGAUGGAAGAAAAUCAACAUAGUUUUGCAGAACCAAAAUUUCAGAAAAAUGAAGAUGUAAGUCAGGAUAAUUCUGAAUUAUUUUUCACUGCUGACAACAACACUAGUCUUUAUCAGGGAGAGGAGUCAAGCAGUGGUAAUUUGUUAGCUAAGUUUGAGGGAUCAAACCCCCAAAUAUAUCAAUCAUCCUCAUCAUCAUCCAAUUACCUUAAUCAUGAAAAUUCAGAAAACAGUUUACAAGAACAAUUUAAAUAUACUCAAAAUUCUUUGGGUGAAUAUCAAUGGUCAUCUGAUAACGUUGACCAACAAGACAAUAUUCACGAGUUUCAUUUCCAGCCUAAUAACACAGAAGCCACUCCAAUGUCAGAUAGUAGAACAUUGUCCAACUCACCAUUGAAAAAUCUCAAUACAUCAUCUCAUUCAUUGCUUAGUUCUAAUAAUAAUAAUAUGAAUAACAGUGAUAUUCAAACCAUGAAUCCAGGUGCUGGAUUCUCUAAUACUUCAUUAGGUAAAAAGGCUAAAUUGGUUGAAUUCACUAGGAAGGGCAGUUUGAGAGAUUCAUCUUACAGACCUGAUGGUGUUCAUCAAGGAGAAACUGCCCAAAUUCAUGAUGACGAUAGUGAGUAGUUGUUUUUGAGAGCCGGAUGAUUUUUAUUGCAUAUAUUUCUUGUUUACUUCCCUAAUUUCUUUGAUUUUCCUUUUUAUUGCAUCUUCCAAAGUCUUAGUUGACGUUCUUUACCUUCUUUUUUUCCCUUUCAUCAAGUUCACCGGGUUGAAAUAAGUUCAACUCGGUUUUAUUCUAU